AUGAAGCUUCUGGUUUUAGUACUGGUGGCUGUCGCAUCUGCUGCCCCACAGGGGUACAAUCUACCCACUCCUUCUGGCCCAUCCUUUAACGCCGGGGGUUGUGGGGGUGGACAAGUGCGACACGUGGAUGGCAGCUGCGUCACACCUCAAGUGAACAGUCGUGUAUUCCUGUAUGAUGUGCCACCAAAUCAGGCUUCUUCCAGUCAAGCACCAUACAUUCCCAAGCCUAAGCUGGAGCGAAAUAUUGUUUUUGUGAGACUUCCUGAUGGUGCCCAAGGACCCGAACCCAUCGUCGUUCCUCCUCCGAGGCAACAGCACGUCUUAUUCGUGCUUAACAAGCAGUCGGCACAAGGUCAGCAAGUAAUCGAGGUUCCAGCACCACCACCGUCCAACCCCGAGGUGUUCUUCGUGAACUACGCAGAAGGAGAAAACCCAACUCUUCCUGGUGGAGUAGACCUCCAAACGGCGCUGAGUGCUGCCUCUCAGGGUAGCGGUCAAGUUGUGGGAGGUGGUGGCGGUGGAGGAGGAUUUGGUGGUGGUAUCGGAGGCGGAAUUGGAGGUGGCUUUGGCGGCGGGAUUGGAGGCGGCAUUGGCGGCGGGAUUGGAGGCGGCAUUGGCGGCGGGAUUGGAGGCGGCAUUGGAGGUGGUUUUGGAGGAGGAAGUGGAGGUGGCUUUGGAGGAGGAAGUGGAGGUGGUUUUGGAGGAGGAAGUGGAGGUGGCUUUGGAGGAGGAAGUGGAGGGGGCACCGGCGGUGGAAGCUAUAGUCCACCUGCACCUUCCACACUUUACAGUUCACCAUAAGUAUAUUACCAGCUUCGGGUUAUGUU